CCCCUGCAGUCACAUGGUGUCUCUUUAUUCCCAUUCAUUGUGUGUACAGCUGUUUGGUGCUGCGCUGGGAGGGUGUGAUGCUCCAGUAUAUAAUGCAGGACCCCAGCAGAGCCAUGUGAUUCUUGCAGCCGGGAGCCCCAGCACACCAUCAGAAGGACCUUGCUCCAGCCCAACAUGAGGUCAUCUCUCGCUCCAGCCAUCAGGCUGUUCCAUGGAGUGUCCAAAGACAGCUGGUAUCGGGGAUUCAUUGUUGUUUUGACAUUCAUAUUUUACACCGGAUAUCACAUGUCCAGGAAGCCCCUCAGUGUGGUCAAGAGUCAGCUGCAUCGAAAUUGCUCCGAAUUUCCCAAGCCUCUGGGGAAUUUCUCCGAAAAUGACACCACGUGGUGUGACUGGGCCCCGUUCGAUGGUGGCAAUUAUAAAGAACUUCUGGGAUCUCUGGACACGGCGUUCCUGGUGGCGUACGCCAUCGGCAUGUUCCUGAGCGGUAUGUUUGGCGAGCGCCUUCCAUUGCGCUAUUAUUUGUCCGGCGGUAUGGUCAUCUGCGGGGUGUUCACAACUUUCCUGGGGCUGGGCUAUUACUGGAAAAUUCACGCCCUCUGGUACUAUAUCCUCUUCCAGAUAUUGAAUGGAGUGGCUCAGACUACAGGAUGGCCGUCUGUGGUGGCCUUGAUGGGGAACUGGUUUGGUAAAGGAAAACGAGGGUUCAUCAUGGGGAUCUGGAACUCUCACACGGCUGUCGGAAACAUAUUGGGCUCUCUUAUUGCCGGGGCUUUUGUCUCCUCUGCCUGGGGCUUGUCCUUCAUCGUACCAGGAGUUAUAAUCGCUGUACUGGGAAUCAUCUGCUUCCUCUUCCUCGUUGAGUAUCCUGAAGAUGUAGGCUGCACCCCUCCGGAUCAGAAAAGCGAUGAAGAGAAGGACGAACUGGACAACAUCCAGGUCAUGAACAGCAGCACAGAGAACAUAUUUAAGACACAAGCUGGAGCAGACCUGGAGGAGUCUGGGAAUCCCCAAGAGACGACUGAACACCCGCAGGCCAUCAGCUUCUGUGGGGCGCUCAGGAUCCCGGGUGUUGUGGAAUUCUCGCUGUGUCUGCUGUUUGCAAAGCUUGUCAGCUACACUUUCCUCUACUGGCUCCCUCUCUAUAUAGCGAAUGUCGCUCACUUUGAUCCCAAAACAGCAGGAGACAUGUCCACUUUGUUUGAUGCUGGUGGCAUUGUAGGUGGGAUCCUUGCUGGAGCAAUAUCUGAUUACACUGGAGGACGAGCCAUCCCCUGCGCUGUCAUGCUGAUAUUAACUGCCCCGAUGCUGUUCAUUUAUAACCAGUUUGGCCAGACAGAUGUUUCCACCACAGUUGCCAUGCUGGUUAUCUGUGGGAUGUUGGUGAAUGGGCCGUAUUCCCUCAUCACAACUGCCGUGUCCGCUGAUCUGGGAACACAUGAGUCUCUACAUGGAAAUGCUAAGGCCCUGUCCACUGUCACUGCCAUCAUUGACGGUUCUGGAUCUAUAGGUGCUGCUCUGGGACCAACGUUGGCCUCCAUCCUCUCCUCCAAAGGCUGGAACUACGUCUUCUACAUGCUGAUCGCUGCCGAUCUCCUGGCUUGUUUGUUUCUGGCUCGUCUGGUGUACAAAGAGAUUAAACAGUUCUGCCGAUGUUGCAGCACAGUCAGAGGGUUUCAAGAGAUGUGAUGACCCCCCUACGCCUGUUUGGUCAAUGUUUUUACGGCUGGCCGGUCCAGCUCGUUGCUGCUACUGAAGAUUGUUGAACGCGGGAAGUUUUUAAAUCGAUUUUCUAAUUGUAGACAUCCCAAACUUU